AGAACACACACUGGAGAGAAACCUUAUGAAUGUAACCAGUGUGGUAAAGCCUUUGCAGAAAACAGUACUCUCUUAAGCCAUGAAAGAACACACACUGGAGAGAAAUCUUAUGAAUGUAACCAGUGUGGUAAAGCCUUUGCAGAAAACAGUCAUCUCAUAAGACAUAAAAGAACACAUACUGGAGAGAAACCUUAUGAAUGUAAUGAGUGUAGCAAAGCCUUUGCAGAAAACAGUACUCUCUUAAGCCAUAAAAGAACACACACUGGAGAGAAACCUUAUGAAUGUAAUGAGUGUGGCAAAGCCUUUGCAGAAAACAGUACUCUCUUAAGCCAUAAAAGAACACACACUGGAGAGAAACCUUAUGAAUGUAACCAGUGUGGUAAAGCCUUUGCACAAAACAGUCAUCUCAUAAGCCAUAAAAGAACGCACACUGGAGAGAAACCUUAUGAAUGUAAUGAGUGUGGCAAAGCCUUUGCAGAAAACAGUACUCUCUUAAGCCAUAAAAGAACACACACCAAAGAGAAACCUUAUGAAUGUAACCAGUAUGGUAAAGCCUUUGCACAAAACAGUACUCUCUUAAGCCAUAAAAGAACACACACCAAAGAGAAACCUUAUGAAUGUAACCAGUGUGGUAAAGCCUUUGCAGAAAACAGUCAUCUCAUAAGACAUAAAAGAACACAUACUGGAAAGAAACCUUAUGAAUAU